CUUGUUAGUCGACGUCUACUUCUCCAGCCGUCUCCUUGUCGUCCGACCGUGUGCGGUUCCCUAUUCCCCUUAUUUUAGUGUUCACUCUGUGCGUCUGUUUGUCAGGAUGUCUAAGCCAGAGCUUCCCCGCGGGUACUUGGGCCCUCAGCCGAAAUUUUCCGAGUUCAAACUGAGUACACUCAGUCACAAUGAUCCAGAAAUCACUGCAGACACCAAUGAGAUUGAGGUCAAAUUUCGCAUGGGUCAACCGGUCAAGGUCACUGGUAACCUGAUAGAAUGCAGCUCAACCAAAGACUAUUCCAAUCUCCUCUUCACCCAAAACCAGGGGGAUGUGGUCAGUUAUAUCGUCCAGAUGCCAAACCCCGGCUAUUACAAGUUACAAAUCUACGCCCUCCCCGUCAGCGACGAAAGUAAGACACUUCCGGGAGUGUAUAACUACCUGAUCAACUGUACCCGAGCCCCUAAAGCAGUGCAACCUUUCCCCAAACAAUAUGCUCAGUGGAAAGAAGGCUGUUAUUUGUAUGAGCCGCUAACAAUCGCCAAUAACAACGGGACUGUCAAUUUUAAGGCAACUGUACCCAAUGCAAAAGCAGUAGCGGUAACUGUUAAUGAUACAUGGACUCAGCUUAAAAACUCCGGAAGUGAUGUAUGGGAAGGUCCAGUUCAAAUCACGAAGGACUCUCGCGUAACAUUAAACGUGAAUUAUGGGGGAGAAGAAACAAAAUAUUCAACUCUCUUGGAGUACAAUUUGUGAACAUAGUUCAAUGCAGAUAGACUUUCUUCCAAAUCCAUAGACACCUUACAUACAAUGUAGAAUAAAUUAUUAGAAUAAUUAUUUUAGACAGUUUUGGCAUUUUUUUUUUAGAUUUUGUAAAAAAAAAAUGCAUAUCAAUUGGAAUCAGGGUUUACGCAGAUUUUUGACAUUUUAAUCACUGUUUAGCUAGCGUUCUAACACACUCUCUUCUGCUAACAUUUUUAUGGCUUUAUGAUUUAACAAACACGUAAACCCUGCAGCUUUAUAAUGCAAUAAAGUCUCUUAAAACAUA